AAUAUUUGAAUGAAGGUGGCCAAUGUGAUCCACAACACAUUUGGUACAAGUGCCAAGGCUCUAUGACGUAAUGCGUGAAAGUGUGCAAGCGUCGCUCUACGGCAGUGGCAGUACGGCGUACGCGCAUCGCAGACGACAGCCGCACGGAUUGCCAAAAUGGCGUUUACAUCAAUCUUAACUCUUUUGCUGCUGGUGGGGGGAUGCAUCGCAGCGCCUGUCGACGAUCCGAUUCGAAUCGACCUUCCAGUUUAUGAUCAACCACAAGCUGGUACAGACGAGCAAGUGUCUCAACCUCUGGACCCCGAGAAUUAUCCAGGAGGCGAUCGGAAAAACGAAGGAAAUUUUGUAACUUAUAAACUGCAAGCGGCUUCUAAUUUGCUGGGAAGCGCUUUGAAUGCGAAGGCUAGCUCUCAUCAAGCAGGUGGUAUAUUCUCUGCACCAGUGCCUACUUUGGAGUCGGCUGUGGAGGAAACCGAAGGUUACGGCAGUAAGAAACUGUCCGUCAAAGAGAAUUUACAGGGCGUAGUGGCUGGAAUAUUUCAACCGGAGCCGAUAGUGGAUACCAUAAGCGAAGAAGAGAAGUAUGGUAACUCUGGAGACAAGUUUUACAGCACUGGUAAAGCUUUAGUUGGGGGUGCUGAAGGUUUAUCCAACUUCGUCAACUCCAUCCUAGAGGUGCCAGGAACAAUUUUUAAGCAGAUCGCCCGAGCCGCUACAGAGAAGCUUAACAAUUUGGGUGGGAAAUUAAUAGGCUUAAAUAAAUAAAACACUAGGUACGUGACGACUUAAAUCUUCGAAAGUCUAAAUAUUGAAAAAAAAACAGCAUUUGAAUCAUGUUUCCGUUUACCAAAUUUGGAUUAAGCUCAAAAACUAACAAAAGUCUGGGAUCAUGGAUUUCAAGAGUGAAAUUCGAGUAUCUUUGAACAUACCCGUGGAAAAACUCGUAGGAUUUUUUUACUGAGACCGCCGAAAUUUGUCAGACAGACUACCGCUAAUGAAUCCUUCUGUAAAGCCAAAUAGAAUGAAAAAACAUGAACCAAAAAUUACCUAUGUGCCUGCACUCAGACCCACCGCCAAACAGCAAAGCGUACUGUCUGCGGGGGCUCUUAGUUAGAUAAGUGUUUUACUAUAAUAAAGAAAAAUAAAUGUACAAUUAACUGUAUUAUAUAAUGUUAUAUUUUUACUUUA